AUGACAAUUGUGGAAAGAGAGAGUCAGACUUCCAGGCGCCUGGGGCCGGGCCCAUCGGUGAGGCCCACACGCGUGCGGCUGAGGACGCUCCUUCGCGUCGCGUCGGUGGCCGGUGGCAUCCAGUUCGGCUGGGCCCUGCAGCUGUCCCUGUUGACGCCAUACGUGCAGGAGCUCGGCAUACCCCACGCCUGGGCUAGCAUCAUCUGGCUGUGCGGGCCGCUAUCGGGCCUGAUGGUCCAGCCACUUGUCGGACACUACAGCGACCGUUGCACAAGCCGAUUCGGGCGCCGCCGUCCUUUCAUCCUCGGUGGAGCACUGUCCAUCGUAGUCGCCGUUUUGAUCAUCGGCCACGCGUCCGACAUUGGGUGGCUCUUUGGGGACCGAGGGUCUAAGAAAAUUCGCGCGGUCGUGGCGUUUGUGAUCGGAUUUUGGCUUCUUGACGUUGCUAACAAUAUGACGCAGGGCCCAUGUCGUGCUCUCCUGGCUGAUCUCACUGGAAAGGACUACAGGAGAACUCGAGUGGCGAAUGCAUACUUUUCCCUAUUCAUGGCUGUGGGCAACAUCCUCGGAUUUGCCACCGGGUCCUACAGUAAAUGGUUCAAGAUUAUGCCCUUCACCCUCACCUCCGCUUGCAGCAUAAACUGUGCGAAUCUAAAGGCAGCAUUCAUCAUUGACAUUAUCUUCAUUAUCAUAACCACAUAUAUAAGUCUAUCGGCGGGCCACGAGCAGCCGCAAACUACAUCUGACCUAAACUCCCCACAUCAUGGUGAACAAAUGUCUCGUGCUUCCCCUGAGCACGAGGCCUUUCUAUGGGAACUCUUCGGGACUCUUAGGUAUCUCCCGGGACCCGUCUGGGUAAUCCUUCUCGUGACUGCCCUCACUUGGAUCGGAUGGUUCCCGUUCCUUCUUUUCGACACAGACUGGAUGGGCCGCGAGAUUUACGGAGGGAGUCCGAAUGAGGGGACGAGCUAUAGUGUUGGUGUGAGGAUGGGUUCUCUAGGCUUGAUGCUGAAUUCAGUGGUUCUUGGGGUCACUUCGCUGUUUAUGGAGAGGCUUUGCAGGAAAUGGGGGGCGGGCUUCACAUGGGGUGUCUCAAAUGUCCUCAUGUCAUUGUGCUUUGUGGCCAUGAUUAUUGUUGCAGCUGUCCGAGGCACUAUGGAUCUUGACGGGUCUCUUCCUCCCGAGGGCAUCGUUGUUUCUGCUUUAGUCGUGUUUGCGGUUCUUGGUGUGCCGUUAGCUAUAACAUACAGUGUUCCAUAUGCAUUGGUCUCUACUCAUAUUGAAGCUUUAGGCUUAGGCCAAGGGUUAUCUAUGGGGGUUUUAAAUCUGGCAAUUGUGAUCCCACAGGUAAUUGUAUCCCUUGGAGCUGGACCUUGGGAUCAACUAUUUGGUGGCGGUAACUCGCCGGCAAUAGCUAUUGCCGCAAUUUCUGCACUCACCAGUGGGAUUAUAGCCAUCUUGGCUAUUCCUAGAACAAGGGUUGACAAAAACAGGGUCUGUCAGUGA